UACUGCCCCUAUUGGUCCAUCCGUGUUACAGCCAAAACACAAGUCCUACUGUUGAGGUAGCGCCAGCUAAAGGAAACUAUUCCCAUGUCAUAACAAUGGGGAUCACAAAACUGGCCGAUCUGAUUCGCAUCGCAGCACCUGAUGCGAUCUCUUAUAAAGAUAUAAGUGACUACACAGGGAAGGUGAUUGCGCUGGAUACUUCUAUUAUUAUGAACCAGUUUCGGACUGCUGUACCUAAACUCAACUUUCUAAGUCCUAUGACAGGUAUCUUCUUCCGAACGCUCACCUUCCUAGAACAUGACAUCAAGCCCGUGUUUGUGUUUGACGGCAAGCCCCCUGGGGAGAAGCUGGCUGUGCUGGAGAGGAGAGCAGAGACCGCUGGAUGGGGCUCCCCAAACCGCUCUGGUGCUGCAUCAUCACAGACCAAGGAAUGCCUUCAGCUCUUGAAGCUUCUAGGUGUACCAAUCCUUCAGGCCCCGGGGGAUGGGGAGGCUCUGUGUGCGCGCCUCGUGAGUGAAGGUACUGCGGACGCGGUGGCGUCAGAAGACAUGGACACCCUGCCCUUUGGAGCAGGCCUCCUCAUUCGUCAACUGAACGCAAAGAAGGACAGUGAGGUUAUUGAAUAUUCCUUACCCAAGAUCCUUGAAAAGCUGAAAUUAAGCCAGGAGGAGUUUGUGGACCUGUGUAUUCUGCUGGGCUGUGACUAUUGCGACAAGAUAGUGGGUUUAGGCCCCAAGAGAGCCCUGAAGCUGAUCCAGGAACAUCACACCAUAGAGCAAGUGGUUCUGAAUAUCAACAGAAAGACACAUCCUGUUCCUCAUUUCUGGCAGUACCAAGAAGCCCGGAAGUUGUUCCUGGAGGGGGCCCGCACCGUAGCCCAGGAGCUGGUGUGGACGGAGCCGGAUGAGGAGGGCCUGGUGCAGCUCCUCUGCACCACACAUCAUGUCAAAGAGCCCAGGAUCCGCGGGCGAAUGGUUAAAUUCCGUGAGGCGCGGGAGAAAAAGAGAAAAGAAAGGGAGGAGAGGAAGAGCGGCCCCAGCAGACAGAUGCGCAUGGAGGACUUCUUCAGAGUCACCAGGAAGAGGAAACAGCAGAUGGAUGGUGCCGAAGCUGUUCCCAGCAAAGCAAGUAAAAAAACCUAACAAGUCCUAGCAGAAAGCAUUCCGUUGCGCCUCGGCCGGGGUUGGAUGAGAACCCCAAGACCUUGCCAUAUUUUCUUUAAAUCUACUGAUUCAUGUUUACCAGUCCUCCCACAAGAGACAGCACACUGGUCCUCCCAGCAGUGGUCUCCGAGGCUGCGUCCACCGCGACAGGGAAGUCACUCCAACACACGCCUGUCAAUGAAGCACAUAAAAGAUGUUCUCGGGGUUCGCUAGACCCACAGACCACCGUCACCCAGCGCUAGGGAGGGCUAUGAAAGAGACCAGUGUGUGAUCCCUGCUAUUGAUGCCUCUGGAGACAGGGUAUGUUUCAUCACAAGGAUAUUCAGCAGACACCUGCUGGGUGACGGGAGCCAAGGCGGGGACCAAAGCCUUGAAUGUUAAGUACGUCAGGGUGUCAAGGCGGGAGAUGGAGAACUAGUUAGCUACCAUCAUACAUUUUUUUAUUUAUUAUGUUUCCAUUUUGAGUCGACGAUCAUGUGCAGUUGUCAAGAUUUUUGCAAAUAAACAAAAUAAUAUUUG